AUGGCAGGACGCAACCAUCUCCGACUCCGCGAAAUCCCUUUAUCCCGAGUGGCCCUCCUGCCACACCCAUCCACCGAGCCACGCCACCUCCACUCCCGCCCUCACCGCCACCUCCUCGAAGACCGAAUAUCAAUCCAACACCGUGAGAUCCAAUCCCUUCUUUUAGACAACCAACGACUCGCUACCACGCACGUUGCGUUAAAACAGGAACUCUCUCUAUCACAGCAAGACCUUCGUCACUUAUCAACGCUUGCUGCUGAUGUUAAAGCCGAGCGAGAUAAUCAAGUUCGUGAAGUCUUUGAAGGAUCAUUGAAAUUGGACGCUGAGUUACGGUCUAUCGAUGCUACGAGUGCUGAGCUUGUUCAGGUAAGGACGGAUGUACAGAAACUUACUGUGCAGCGGCAGGAUAUGGCUGCACAAUUGAAGGAGAUGAAUAGUGAAAUUGUUAAGGCUAAAACGGAAACGCAGCAGGUGGGUGGUAUUAAAGCGGAGAUUGAGACUGUACAGAAAGAGAUUCAAAGAGGAAGGGCUGCUGUUGAAUACGAGAAGAAGACACGGGCGAUUAAUCUUGAGCAAGAAAAGGUUUUGGAGAAAAAUAUGAUUCUUUUGGUUCGAGAAAUUGAGAAACUUCGCGCUGAGUUGGCCAAUGCAGAGAAAAGAGCAAGGGCAGCAGCUGCUGCGGCCAACCCAAGUCCUGGAUAUGGUGGAAACUUUAGCAGUGCUGAAGUGGGAUAUGGAGGAAGUUCAUAUCCUGAUACUUAUGGCCUGCAACAGGUUCAGGUUGGUAGUGAUUCUGGUCCUACAUUUGCAUCUGGAGCCAUAUCUAGUGGCCUCUAUGACACUGCACAUAGAUGA